AUGUCUGACGAACAAUCUUCUUCUUCUUCUUCUUCACCUUGUGCCCAAUUGAGUAUAAUUGUUGAUUUAACAUCAUCAUCAUUCGAUUUUAAAACACUAUACAAUCAUUUAUCAUCACAACCACCACCUAAUAGUGAUCAUCAUCAUUGGCAUUUUGGAGGUCUACGCUCUUAUACAAUCCCAUUUCAAUCUAAUCAUGAUGAAACAACUAUUAAUUGUGUUAUAUCAAAAUUAAAAUUAUUACAAAAUCAUUUAUGUAUAUUACCACCAUUUUGGAUUUCAUAUAAAAAAUGUGAACAACCUUUACCACUCCCAUCAACAACAACAACAUCCGAGGUUAUUCGUAAAAAUGUUAAAUUAGGAAAAUUUUAUACAAAUAAUGGUUUUGAUAUGGAAUAUACUGGAGGUGCACUAGUGGGAUUAAAUAAAUAUAUAUGGGAUAUUCAAACACAAAUUAAAGAACCAUGGCGUUUAGUUUUUUAUCAUGAUAAAAUCGAUAUUGAUUAUGGUUGUAAAGAAAAAAAAUUGCGGAAAACAAUUAAAGCUGAAAUGAUGGAUAGAUGUGUUGUUAUAAUGACACAGAAAGAUGGAUUCACUCUAUUUAUUAAUAUGAAUGGAAAUCCGAUUGAUUAUGAAGCUAUAAAUUCACAUCCUCCUCUAAAUACGACUGAUGAUGAAUUAGAUCCUCUAUUACGUAAAACAACUGAAUCAUCUAUUUCAUACAUUCGUACUGCAGCUAGAGAAUCACAACCAUUUUAUUCAACUAUUCGUCUUGUUAUUUCACUUUCAAAUCAAUUUAAUGAGAAUAAUAUUAUUACUGUUAAUAAUGAUGAAUAUAAUUGCGAACAAUUACAACGUUUAAAUUCAUGUUAUACACAAUUUAUUGAAUUUUUUCAUCGUAAUCAUAUACAUGAUUGCUUUGGAAUUAUUUUAAGUAUACCAUCAACUGUUGAUUUUGCAUUAAUAACAUCAUUAUUUAAUUCAUCCAAUGGAUCAUCAUCAUCUUUUAUUAAACAAUAUUGUUGGCAAAUGUUAAUGUCUAUUGGAUAUCGUUUUCAACAACGUUUAACUACAGAUUUUAUUCAACAAAUGAAAUCAAUUGAUGAUGAUGAUGAAUUUUAUCAGACAUCAUUGCAUAUAUGGCGUCGGUCAAGUGAAUAUUAUUUUAUUGAUUUACUUGCUGAAUUACGUCGCUAUCGAGAAAAAUUAGCUGUCUUAGCAGCUGUACCACCAUCAUCCCCCAUAUCAACAAAUCAUUAUCACCAACAAGGACUAAAAAAAGAAGAAGGAGAACAAGAACGUUGGAGUAUUCAUACACCACCUCGUCAUUAUGCUUAUGUUCCAUCCGUAACAUUAACACCAACAACAAUAUGUGUUAAUCCAUUUAAAUUAGUUAAAACAAAUCGAGUUCUACGUGAACAACAAUUUGGUGGAAAUCUUAUGUUUGCUCUUGUUGAUGUUAAAGAAGAAAAUGGAACAAUGGAUUUAUUUCCACAUGAUUAUCGUGCGCUACGUUGGAAAACAGAAAUGUUACUUGAAUCAGGUUUUGAUUUAGGUAUAAAAGGUCGAACAUAUCGUUAUUUACAUCAUUCACAAUCACAAUUAAAAGACAAACAAUUUUGGUUUUAUCAUCAUGAUGGUGAAAGAAAUUUUUCAUUUGAAGAUGCAUUUGCUUGGAUGGGAGACUUUCAAGAAGAAAGAAUUGUUGCUAAACAUGCUGCGCGUAUUGCACAAUGUUUUACAAGUGCUGAAGCAACUAUUCAAAUUCCAUCAGAAAAAGUUCAAUAUAUUGAAGAUAUUCAUACAGAUGAUCGUAAAUAUAAUUUUACAGAUGGUGUUGGAACAAUGUCCACUAUUAUACGUGAUAAUAUUAAUCCAUAUCGACAAUUUUCAGCUAUUCAAAUUCGUUAUGGUGGAUGUAAAGGUGUAAUAUCCGUUAAUCCUGAUUUAGAUAAUUCACCUCAUCAAUUACGUAUUCGUCAAUCAAUGAGAAAAUUUAAAUGUUCCCAUGAUAUUCUUGAAUUAUGUCGUAUUUCUAAACCACGUCCACUUUAUUUAAAUCGACAAAUUAUUGUUUUACUUUCACAUCGUGGUAUUGAUGAUCGUACAUUUCUUUUAUUACAAAAUCAACAUCAACAAAUGUUAUCUGAAGCGCUGGUUUAUCCAACACGUGCCUAUGAAUUAUUAGCAGAAAAAUUAAAUCGAAAUUUAUUUCCACUUCGUACAUUAAUUAAUGAUGCACAUCUUAAUGUAAUUCAAGAACCUUUCUUUCGUCAAUUAAUCAUAACAACAAGUAAAUUUGAAUUGGCACAAAUGCGUGAACGUACACGUUUAAAAUUAUCAAGAAAUUCAGCAAGAAAUAUGAUUGGAAUUGUUGAUGAAUAUGGUAUUUUAGAAUAUGGACAAGUUUUUAUUCAAUAUACAGAAUUACAUGGAGAUAUAUUAGAUGAUGAAUUAGGUAGUAAUAAUGAUUCAUCAUCAUCACCACAACCCGAAAAAACUAUUAUUCUUGAUCAACAAGUUGUUGUAACGAAAAAUCCAUGUCAUCAUCCUGGUGAUGUUCGAAUUUUUCAAGCUGUUGACGUACCACGUUUACGACAUUUAAAAGAUGUUAUUGUUUUUCCACAACGAGGAAAACGACCACAUCCAAAUGAAAUAUCUGGUUCGGAUCUUGAUGGUGAUGAAUAUGCUGUUAUAUGGCAUUCAGCUUUUAUUCCAAAAACACCUAAUGAUAUACCAUAUGAUUAUGAUUCUCAAACACCAAUGUUACGCGUUGUUGAUCGUCCUGUUAAUCGAGCAGAUAUUCAAGCAACCGUUUUAGAUAUUAGUGAACAAUCUUGUGUUGGAAAAUUAUGUUCACUUCAUUUAGCAAAUAUGGAUCUUCAUGGUGUUGCACAUCCAAAAACAUUAGCUAUUGCUGGGCAUAUUUCCGAAGAAUUAGAUGCACCAAAAACUGGACAACAUCCAUUAACACCAAAACAAAUUUCUCAUUUACAAUCCGAAUUAGGAAAUGAACGUCCUGAUUAUUUUGAUAAACCAUAUUAUAGAAUGUAUCCAUCUAAACAUGUACUUGGUCAAUUAUUUCGUUCAUGUUUUCGUUUCGAACCAAAUUGGGUAGCUAUUCAAACUCCACCAACAACAAUUUCUGCAUUAUCAACUGAUCCAUUAUUAAUUCAUGAUUUACAUAAUGAAUAUGCAUCAUCUGUUGAUGAAUUAGCUCGUACAUAUCGUGAAGCUAUAAUGGAUAUUAUGUAUGUAUAUCGUUUUUCAUCGGAUGUUGAUUUACUUUGUCGAUUUGAUUCAUCAUCAUCACAACAUAAAAGUCCAUUAUCAAAACAACAAACAGAAUCUGCUUGUCUUGUUGCUGAUUCUGCUCAAGUUGAAUUAAAACAAUUAAUACGACGUAUACGUCGUUUAUUUUACCAUGAAUUUCGUUUCUGUGAUAAAACACAUUCAAAUCGUUGUCAUACGAAUUGUACACAAUGUGCAGAUAAAAAAAUGGCUAAAGCAAGUGCACUUUAUAUUUUAUGUUAUACAGAUACACGUCAUGCUCGACGUAUGUUAAGUUUACCAUGGUUAUUUGCACCAUUAUUAAUUGAAACAAGAAAAUUAAAUAUUAAAAAGCAAACAAAAUUAUUAUCACCAGUACUUGUUGCUCAAAUGCUUGAAAUUCAACCAUAUCGAUUAAUUGGUCAAUCAUUACGACGUGCACUUCAACUUUUAUUUGAUCAAUCAAAACCAUUUCAUUUUCAUCAAACACAUUCAUCGGAUAAAUCAAAUUUAAUUACUGUUUCACUUGGACCAACAACAACAGCUAAACGUCUUUUAUUAAAACGUCAAAUAUUUUUACUAGAUUAUUAUGUUCUUGAAGUUCUUCAUCAUUAUAUUUAUGAAUCGUUAACAAAAACACGUUCAAUAGUAACAGCAGCGAAACCCUUACUUGUUGAAUCUAUUUGGUAUCAUAUAUUAACACGUUUUAUUCUUGGCGAAUGUUCACCAUUAGUACUUACAUCAACAAAUUCGAAUACAACUCCUAUGAUUCAAGAUUGUCAAUAUUGGUCUGAUGAACAAGCAUGUAAAACAUUACAACGUUUACUUGAAAUAAGUGUUCAAUGUUGUGAACAUGGAAUUGAUACGAUUGAUUAUGCACAUGCUAACGAAUAUUUAGUUUCAGCAUUACAACAAAUGGCUACAACGGGAUCAUUAUAUUUAAAUUAA